GAAGGAAGGAGACAGACGGGACGUGGGGCGACCGUGAAGGUCCGGGAAGUGAACCCUGUGGCUGGUCCCGGGGCAGAACAAGGCGCUGAGAGCGGAGGAGCCAGAGCGGGCGCAGGAGCUGUGGGCCUGAAAACACUUGCUUUAGAUGACUCCUGGUGCCACUCAGAAAUGUCCUCCUUAAGUGGCAAAGUGCAGACCGUGCUGGGCCUUGUGGAGCCAAGCAAACUGGGUCGCACCCUGACCCAUGAACACUUGGCAAUGAAUUUUGACUGCUGUUACUGCCCUCCUCCUCCAUGCCACGAAGCUACCUCUAAGGAAACUAUUAUGAUGAAAAAUCUAUUUUGGAUUCAGCAAAACCCUUAUUCCCACAAAGAGAACCUUCAGUUGAAUCAGGAGACGGAAGCCAUAAAGGAAGAAUUGUUGUAUUUUAAGGCCAACGGUGGAGGGGCUUUGGUGGAGAACACGACCUCUGGAAUUAGCCGAGACAUGCAGACUUUGAAGUGGUUAGCUGAGGAGACCAGUGUCCACAUCAUCUCUGGAGCUGGGUUUUAUGUAGAUGCAACACACUCUUCAGAGACCAGAGCAAUGUCAAUAGAGCAGCUUACUGAUGUCCUUAUUAAUGAAAUCUUAUAUGGAGCUGAUGGAACCAAUAUCAAGUGUGGCGUUAUUGGAGAAAUUGGUUGCUCCUGGCCUUUGACUGCAAGUGAAAGAAAAGUUCUUCAGGCAACAGCUCAGGCCCAGGCUCAGCUUGGCUGUCCUGUUAUUAUUCAUCCUGGAAGGAAUCGAAGUGCACCGUUUCAGAUUAUCCAAGUAUUGCAAGAAGCAGGUGCAGACAUUUCUAAAACAGUUAUGUCACACCUUGAUAGGACUAUACUUGAUAAGAAGGAACUACUGGAGUUUGCUCAAUUUGGCUGUUACUUGGAAUAUGAUCUCUUUGGUACUGGACUUCUUCAUUAUCAAUUCGACCCAGAUACUGACAUGCCUGAUGAUAAUAAAAGAAUUAGGAGGGUGCGUCUCCUGGUGGAUGAGGGCUACGAAGAUCGAAUUCUGAUGGCACAUGACAUACAUACGAAGCAUCGGCUGAUGAAAUAUGGAGGUCACGGCUAUUCUCACAUACUCACCAACAUUGUUCCUAAAAUGUUACUUAGAGGUAUAACUGAGAAUACGCUUGAUAAGAUACUAAUAGAGAACCCUAAGCAAUGGCUAACGUUCAAAUAGGAUGAUUGCUUAUGAAUUUAUACCUUAAGUAUAAAACUUGCAGAGAACAUUCAGUAGGAUUUUAAACCAGCUGUGAGGUAGUCAUCAGAGCUACAUAGGACUAAUGACUGAUAAUUUCCUCUUUAUGAGAUUAGGAGAGUUCUGCCUUCUCCAAAACUGACUAUUACACUUGCACCUCUAGAGAGUUACUAAGUUUAAUUGAGCCCUAUUGUUUUGCCUUUGCAAAAUAAAGAGAGAAGUAUCUAUUUCCAAACAAUGAUUUAAAGUCUGUAUCCCCUAAGCGGAGGUUUUUCUUCUUCUUCUUCUCGUUCUAAUCUAUCAGUUGCAGUACUUGAGAAAAUUUAAAGUGUUACUAGUUAAAUUACUCCCUUCUGGAGCAAUCUAAUUUUUCUUGUAAUAUUGAUGAUCCUAAUAAUUAUCCUGCUGUUCUUUAAUUAAUGCUUAAUGAAUAAUAUGACACUUGAAAAUAGCUUUGGCAACAAGGAAAGUUAAAUUUUGAGGCAUUUUUUUCAAAGGAUACUGUAAUAACAAUCACCAAUUCACAAUGAUAAAAAUAUUUUGGAAGGUUAAUUAUAUGCU